AUGCCGUCUAUUGUAUCAGACAUCCUUGCUCUAAUAGCUCCAAAUCCUACCUAUACUUUGCUGAAGAAGUUCAACGUACCGACGGGACACGGUCUCAGAGCUGCUGUCGCAGUAACAUUUGAGACUAGCAAGACUAUAACAUCACUUUAUACUUUGUUGUUGAAAACGAUUGGCCUUGAAAUCUGGUAUAUGGUUGUGCUUCUUGUCGUCGCUCUCUCUGCCAAGAAAGUCCGAUCACAUAACGUCUCCAUUGUUGUUAUUGUCUGGAACGCGCAAAGUUCACCUCUAGACAUCAUCAAACUGAUGUUCGGCUACGUCACACACACUCCCCAGUAUGCCUUGAUGUGGAUAGCUCUAGCCGCCCUUGCUUGGGCUUCUUCUACUGCCCUUUCGCUCCUGGCCACGAGAGAUUUGAUCAUCAACUUGUCAGCGCCUCUGACAGGCUCUUAUGCUCUCCGACUCAAUCAGAUCACUACACCUGCGAACCUUAGAGCGAUCGGUGCUGCCGACAACUUGACGGCAAACGCCAAUGUGAGCGUGAGCGCAUCUAGCCCCACAACCGAUGCCUCUGGUAAUAUAUUCUACACUGUGGACUAUGGCUACACCAUUUCAGAUGUCGAUUUUGGGCUGCAAAAUGCAUCAGGGCUUCUCCUGUCAGUGACGGGCUCUUGUUUCACGGAUUAUACCUGGUACAAUGGAACUUAUAAUGAAUCAGGCACAUUGGAGGACAAUUAUCUAUUAUUUGGAUCGCAAAAUCCCUCUGAUUCCCUGGCCGUAUCGAUAGCAGAUGGCGGCCCACCAUUAGCCUUCUUCCUUCUCCCUCCGGAAGGUCCAAUUGGUAGCAAUGCUAGCUACGCGAUUAUCAUAUCGUCUUUGUAUAGAAAGAGCUUUACCGAAGGAAUAGAUCCAUGGUACGCGACCAUGCCACUCCCUGGAGAUCGGUAUGGGGCUGAAUACCAAGUAGCUCCGGGGAGGCCAGUGCUCAACUGUUGGGAAAAUGAUAUCUGGUCCUAUCAAGGAAAUAGCAGCUCGACCGCCGACUUAGAAUACCUUGGGGCCUUACCUCUAUCCUUGGCAACAUUAUUUCAGCGCUUCCUAAGCGCACCUCGAAUCAUCAAUCUCGGGCAAGCUCUUGGCACCACCGCUUUGAAGUCCGCAACCGGCACUCAAGGCUAUUACUUUGACGCGCAAUCAUCAAGCCUACAUAACGAUCUCGAACGUCUCGUCCUAGGCGCUUACCAAGCAACGAAGAACACUUUGCAAGAGUUAACACAGUUCAGCACACAGUAUUCUGACAUCGGAAAUAUUAUGCUCAACAACGAUAGCAUGCUCCUUCCCGGAGCAGACCUGUUUGUCAUCUACACUCCAGACGCUGCUGCACUCUCGCUCGCAAUGGUCAUUGCUGUUCCGAUAAUUGCAGCCUUGCUUCUAGGCAUCAACCUUUUACUCACCACUAAUUAUUUUCCUUGGGGAUAUGUGAAUUCAUUGAAAGCUGCAGUCAUCUACAGUGCACUGGACGAGAAAGAUACAAAUACUAGUCGCUGGGACCGAAGCUCGACAGCGCCGGUCUACAAAGACCACGGUGAUGUUGAAGGAGCUGUACAGACAGCACUUGUGCGGCCUGGACUUGACCGUAAAAGAAGGACUCUUAGUUAGCUUGCGGCACAUGAAAACAAACCUACGUAAGCCUAGACAUUUACUUCCGGUGAAACAGCUGUG